CGAACACACCCAAUGAUAAUUCUCUUCACUGCUCUGUGUUGCUGCUGUCGGGAAACUGGGUGUGUGAUCCGGAGUGGCUGAUGGAAUUGCUUGCUGUCUUUGCAUUGGCUGACCGCACAGCAGCACUGCUCCGUGUAUUUUUAGCCAUCGAUGCAAUUCAUAUUGCGGUGCGAGCGAGGUGACUCGGUCCAUAGUCCCAGUAGGCUACGGGAGUUACAGGGGGUAGCUGCAAGUGCAGUGCUUGGGGUUUGCGACAUAGACCGAAGGAGAGUGGGGGAGACUGGCUACACAGCAAGUCAAGUAAAGAUAAAUAAACGGCAUUAUCGGGUUUUCACGGUCAGGUGCUGAGGCUGUAGCCUGAGGAUUUCCAAUAGCCUACAUUUGUAGAUUUAUUGUUGGUCUAUUUUUAAUACUGAGCAGCUUUGCAAAUGGCAAGUCCCGCUGCAGAUAGAGGACUACCACACCAGCGACAUCCCCUCUCCGAAUCGGCCUCGGAGCCCGCGUUUCUAGAAGCGCAGAAAUGGAUUGAGGCGGUCACAGGCAGAUGCUUCAAUGACAAGGACUUCAGGGGAGGCCUGGAGAAUGGGAUCCUGCUGUGCGAGUUGCUGAGCUCCAUCAAACCUGGAUUGGUGAAAAAGAUCAACCGAUUACCCACUCCCAUCGCUGGCCUGGACAACCUGAGUGUGUUCCUGCGUGGCUGUGAGGAGCUGGGACUGAAGGGCUCUCAGCUGUUUGACCCUGGGGACCUGCAGGAUAUCUCCACACGCCCCAACGCCAACAGGGUUGCCGACUGCAGUAGGAAACUCAAGAAUGUUCUGAUUACCAUAUACUGGCUGGGCCGGGCUGCCAACAGCUGCACCUCCUACAACGGGCCCACACUGGACCUGAAGGAGUUUGAAGGCCUGCUAUCACAGAUGCGGAAGGAGGCGGAGGACACGGAGAGCCCCCAACGCAGCAUACGGGACAGCGGAUACAUCGACUGCUGGGACUCGGAGCGUAGCGACUCACUCUCCCCGCCUCGCCACGGCCGAGAGGACUCCUUCGACAGCCUGGACUCAUUCGGCUCACGCUCCAGACAGACGCCCUCGCCGGACGUAGUGGUCGCCCGCGGCAUUGGCAGUGAUGGCCGUGGCAGCGACUCCGAGUCCGACGCCGGACCCCACGGGGGCAGGAAGCUGCCAGACGUGCGCAAGGAUGACAUGCUGGCUCGGCGGACCUCGGUGAGCGAGCCCCGCGUGAUGGUGCCCUUCAAUCAGUACCUGCCCAACAAGAGCAACGCCAGUGGCUAUGUGCCCACACCGCUGCGCAGGAAAAGGGGUGACCACGAGAGCCGGGAGGAGGGCAGUGGAGGGGGUGGAGGCAGCCGCAAGAGCUGGAGUACCGCCACCUCGCCCAUAGGAGGCGAUAUACCCUUCAGAUUCAGUCACAGAGCUGCUAGUGUAUCAGAUGACCCAGAGAGUGUGAGUAUGAUUGACAUGCGUUGUGAGGAGGACGCCAUCUUGCCACACCACAGCCAGGUGCGCCACGAGCUCAUGCACAACCAGUACAACAUGAUGAAGGAGGAAGAGGACCACUGGCAGGAUGACCUAGCCCGGUGGAAGAGUCGCAGGAGAAGCGUCUCCCAGGACCUGAUUAAGAAGGAGGAAGAGAGGAAGAUGAUGGAGAAGCUGAUGACGGGUGAGGGGGGGGCCAUCUCUCAGAGGAGGAAGAGCAUCAAAACCUACCGAGAGAUUGUUGAGGAGAAGGAGCGUCGUGAGAACGACCUCCGCGAGGCUUACCGGUUGGCCCGCACCCCUGAGGAGGCAGCGUUGGUCCUCCACCGCUACGCCCAGCGCUUCACCAUCAGUGAAGCGGUGUUGGAGCGCCUGCAACUGCCCAAACUGCUGGACAGGAGCAUCUCUGAGGAUCCCACCGCUACCACCAACACACGUCUCACCCUCACCCCCACUUCCUGUUCUCCCACCCCCACCUCCCCGGAAGAAGAUACAAAUGGCUCCCUGAAGUACCUGAGGCAGCAGUCGCUCCCGGCACCCAAGUUUACCGCUACUGUUGAGGCCCAGGUGGUGGGGUUCCCCCAGGGUUUGUCUCUUCGCCCCCAGAUUCGGUCGCGCAAGCCUGAACCAAACCCCUCGAUCCGGGCCGUCUCACCCAAGUCUGUGCCUUUGCUGAUGCCCAAGCCUUACAAUCAACCCAAGGGCAUGCAGAUGCUGGUGGGACCCAGGCCAGGCAAGGUGGACGGCUUGCUGCGAGUGAACGGCGACAUGGGAAACGAUGAGGUCACCACUCCAGAGAGCGAGGGAAGGACCUCCCCUCUACGGUUCUACCCCUCCCCUGCCACACCUACAGCCUCCUCUGAUGGUUCCGACACACACCCAUGUGAGGCCACUCCCCCACCCACACACAGCCCCUCCCCCAGGGCAAGCCCAUUACCAGCCAUGCCAUCAUCUUCAGUGCCAGGAGAAAGUGAUGCCCAGAAGAAGGAUAAUGCACAGGAGUCUACACCGCCUAGCCGGCCCACCUCACUGCCCUCGGAGCUGCAGAGCACAGAGUGUCUUGUGGAGACGGGAGGCAGGUCUGCUGCAGGCCCACUGGGGGAGGAGCCCAACACAACAGAGACUGCAGUACAGCCCUCUCCAGCUACAGAGUCACAACAAGCUCCCAAAGAACAAACAGAAGUGUGUAUGAAUGCCACAUCGACUAGACAGAACACCACUAUCCUCCGUCCAGUCCUAUCAGAGCACGCCACACAACAAGCUCAACCAAUGACCGCACCGGUCAGUGAGCCCAGCCUGGAGGUGUCUCAGAGAGCAGAUGAAGUUGCUACCUUGGCUGAUCCAGGACCUGUCAGAAACAAACCACCACGUGAAGCUCCCACAACAGAGGGGGCAGAGCAGGAGCGUGGUACAGCAGCGGAGAAGUACCAGCAUGAGCAGGAGAAGCUGAAACAGGAGUGGGAGAGAGCGCAAAGAGAGGUGGAAGACGAGGAGAGGAGAUACCAUGAGGAGGAGCGAAGGAUACUAGAGGAGACUGUGGCCCCUCUGACCCCCCUCUCCUCCACCCUGCCCUCGCCCAUCCGGGGGGAUACCCCCGCGCCUAUGGACCGCCAGGACACCAUCGUCCGGUCGCUGGCCGACUGGGAACGCAAGCAGGAGCUGCUGGAGAGACAGGGGGGGAACACCGAGAGAGUGGUAUGGAAAGGACAAGAUAACGACAGGAGUAGUGACAUCAGCACAGCGUCCAGAGAUGAGAGUCUGAAAACAGCAGUCAGCUCAAUCAGCCAGAACAGCAGUCAGGCAGACAAGCUGACACAGAGUUUGCAGAAUGGUCAGAGAGCACCACCCACCAUGGCCGUUCCCCAGCCCCCCAACAAGAAACAAAAUACAGAGGUCUUACUAGACUGCACCAAACCCAGCCAGCAGGCGCCCUCUCGGGACAGGAGGUGUGGCUCCAUUGAAUCCAUGGGGCCCAGUCCAUCAAACUCACCCACCACAUGCCCAUCUGACAUGCCUCAAUCUCCAAACAGGUCGGUGAGCGGUAAGAAGCUGUGCUCCAGUUGCGGUCACCCUUUGGGAAAAGGGGCAGCCAUGAUUAUUGAGACCCUCAGCCUUUACUUCCACAUCCAGUGCUUUAAGUGUGGGGUCUGUAAGGGACAGCUGGGUGACACCACCACGGGGACAGACGUGAGGAUCCGGAACGGCCUCCUCAACUGCCACCAGUGCUACAUCCGCUCCCGCUCAGCCGGCCAGCCAACCACAUUGUGACAACGUUGGGUCAAUGGAAAGCUCACAGAGAAAUUGUCUCCCUUCUUCCUACUUCUCCAUAUAAUCAACAUGUGUGGAAUGUGUCUUGUCUGUCAAUGCCUAUGUGGGGAUUUUCGCAAUGUCUGCAAAUCACAUCCUAUCGGGUUUAUUGAAAUGGUCCAAAUAAUGCCUGACAUUGGAAAGUUGUGUGUACAUAGAAUAUUAGUCCGACUGAUCAUUGUCAGCCUAUUGAUUCUGUUGGCUCUGUAUGAUCACAGCUCAGAGGUUCUCACUUCCUCGUAUCCAUAUGCACCCACAAGCCCUCGAGAGGAUGGUGGCCAUUUUGAAUCUGAGCUCUGAUACUGUAAAUAUGGUGUAUACAGUAUAACAGCCUCCAUCACUUCAAAACAGUAUAGGAAACUCAUGAAAACAUUAAUGCAAUGAAGUCCAACCAACAAAUUUGGCACUUAGACAAAAUAUUUGUUUGUAAAGUAUACCCUUUAUUUGAAUUGAAUUAUUCUCUGGUAUCCAGGUUGUUAGAUAGGCCUUAUUAGUCUUUAGUUUGUAACUUAAGCUUCUAAUUUGGUUGCUAGAGAAGGUUGUCAUGAUUUCCAAUAAAAGUUUCAAGUAAUAGAAGUGUAUUCCAUUUUGCCAACUUGAGAUCUGUAGGAGUUUUUCUCGGUGGUCAACUAAAGGCUUAGAAAAGCCUGCUUUGUUCCUCCCGAUUUUCACUUAAACCACAAUUAACCCAAACUCUGGUUUAAAUUCUGAAAGUUAAAUUGUUUAGCUAACUAUCUUCUUUUCAGGCAGCUCCAACACUGUCUUAUCGUUUAUUUCUUCCGUAUUGCUUUAGUAGCCUACUGGAUACAAAAAAAUACUGUGCUGUCACUAGGCUAUAGGCCUACAUACAUUACAGUAACUUUGCACGUCGGCCUGACAACGUUAUCCUUUUCUCUCUUUCUUUGCUCAAAAAAAAUGUCCGCUCACAAAGUUAGAUGUACUUGAUUUCAAAGCAAUAACGCGAACUGAUGCAUGUAAACUGAUUGUGGAGGUAAACAACCGUCAUGGAUUCAUGCUACUGUACUAAACCAUUCCGUAAACUCUUAACCGGUUCUCUUUAGGAAUUUCAGGCUUGGAAUGUCAUGAAACGUGCCUUAGGUAAACAGGUGAUUGCACACUCAAGGGAAGGGAAUCCAAAGAUGUCCACUUAAAGGAAAACUCCACCCAAAAACUGUCUUUUGGUAUUUAUUUCAUUAGUCCAUUGAUGAUAUAGUCUCAACUUGAUUAUUGACAAGAAAAACAUGAUCAAGAAUAUCACUUAAAAUACAGAAAUCAGAAAUAGGCAUCAUAUAGGGAUUAUUUCUGUAUUGUGUAUGUUACAUGUCUUUUAAAACGUAUUUGCUAACAAGCAAAACAUUUUGAGACUAUAUCAACAAUAGACUAAUGAAACAAAUGCCAAAGUUUCGUUUUUGGAUGGAGUUUUCCUUUAAGUGUGAUGGGGUAGGAUGGGAGAUUUUUGUCCAAAAUGCAGGAGAAACAGCACGAGAGCUUAAAAUCACCCCACCAAUUUGUUUUGUUGAUAUUCCCAUUUAUUUUUUUACUCAUGUCAGUCUACCAAACCUUGUUUUCUCAUGAUUUCAUGAUUUGCAGUGUCUUUCCAGGUUCAAAACGGAAUCUAAAAUAUAUCUAGGAUAUAUGGUUGACAUAUUUAAUAGCAGCCUUUCCCAACAAAAAAUAGGAUGACCAUUGAUUUUUUUAUUUUAUUGUGUAUCCGAAUGUUUUGACAUUAUAAUGACUCUAUAUGGGCCUCUCUAUGCUCUGUUGACAGUGAUGACGAUUUUGGUCAGCAAUAGAAACCCAUUUUCAACAACAAAAAUAUAAAUUAAGCAUACUUGUUGCGUUGUGAAAUUAUGGCUAAAAUGUUCUUACCAGCAGGUGCACUUGAUUAACAUUUGGCUGCUAAAGACCAGUGCCAGCAGUUUGAACGCCAAUUGUGAAAUUAUAGGCUACUAUGGAGCCAUUUCAGUGCCAACAGAAAUUGUAUUUGAAUUUCAUAAUUUCGAAUUUGUAUUAGGAUUUUGAAUUUGAUUGUAAUACUUUUGAAUUUGUAAUCGUUGAAUUCAGCUUUAGCUAAUUGGGCUAACAUAGUCUUGUGACAUGUAGGAGACCUUGUUCAAACCCACUCAGUCACAAGAGCAAGAUUUAAUAGGGAGUGGAAAGGCUACCCUUAGAAGGGCUAUGGCAGGACUAUUCAACUAUAUUCUUAUGGGGGCCAAAUUGUGUUUUUUGUGACUCUCUUCUAACUCUGAUUGUUGUCAUCAUAGAAGGGAACAGAAGGCUCCAGAGAGUCUUUGCUUUCAGGAAUGGGGUCAUGAUAGCUCAUAGCCAAGACGGUUCAAAAGUUGACGCUAAAUUCAUAGGAAGAAAAUAAAUUCAACAUGUCACAUUGGCUUCAGAAACUGCAUGAAGUUUAUGUUUUUACAGAGUGAGCAUUUGAUUAUCUGUUCUCUACCUUCCUGGUUGGCAAAGUACCAGGAUGUUGUCUCAGGUUUUGAAUCUGAAUUUAAAGAACUGAAGUUGAAUAUAUGAAACUUUGAUUCACUUGAAAUGAUGGUUUGUAAACUUGAUUCACAGACAAUGAAUGCAAUACUUACCAUAAGUUACAUUUAUGAAUUCAGUGAUUCAAUUCAUGCAUUACAAAUUCAAAAUAAUGGAAUUCAAAUAAAAUGUCUGUUGGCACUGAAAUCGCUCCAUAGGUUGUUACCAGUGGUGGAUAUAAUGUAUGUCCAAAUGCUAUCUUGAAAUAAAUCCAUAGCCUACUCUGUCAGACAUAUGAUCCAUUCUCAACUUGUAGCUUACAACUUUCCCUGUUUCGUCUGAGUUUAUUUUUCUGAUAUAGUCCUACCAUAUUUUUAGGCUUCGGAUCUGAUUGUCUUUUUACUUUUACUUAGGAAAUUAAUACAUCUCAGCUGAUACUCUGCGUUCUAAGUUCUGUAUUUAUUGUAAUAUUCACCUGAACAUUACCCGAAGAAAGAUAAAUGUGAUGUUCAAAUGCAUUGGCUUUAUAGCAUACUGUAUGUUUAUAAAUCAAAUGUAACAAAUGAAUGAA